CCCUCCCAGUCCCUCCCAGUCCCCCCCACUCCCACCAUGGACCUCCUCCAACCCCUCCAGCGCCUCGCCCGCGACAACCUCGCCUUCUUCUCCCCUUCGCGCUCCUCCUCAUCCUCCUCGCGCCGCUUGGCCGCCGCGUCGUCCUCCCUCCUCCACCACAGCCGCCAUCUUGGCCCCGCCCUCUCCCACCUCCACCAAUUGGCUCCCACCUUCGACCUGGACCCGGCCACGCCCGGCAACGGCUACCGGAGUCUUCUUCACGUGGUCCAGGUGUGCCUGGAACGCGCCGUGGAGCGAAGCCGCGCCGUGGCCGCCCAACGCCGCGGCCUCUUCUUCCGCGCCGCCGCCAACGCCGCCGAGUUGGAAGCGUUGGCGGCGGCCUUGGCGCAGCUCAGGGCGUUGUUGGUGUUGGCGGCCAAGAUGGCGGAGGUGGCCAAGCCCGGGGUGUUGUUUCCGGAUGCUGAGGAGGAAGAGGAGGAUGAGGAGGAGGAUGAAGAGGAGGAUGAGGAAGGUGGGAUCAGCGAGGUGGUGUUGAGGGAGUACAGCACGAUGAGUAACGGGUGUUUCUACGGGAGGUGUCUGGGCUUUCAGUUCGUUCCGUCUCUCCGGCCGUUCCUCCAGACUUUGGCCAUCGGCCUCGUUUCCUUCGGAGAAAAUUACCGGAACCGCGACCCCGGCAUCGGAGUGGCUGCGGGGUCGCUGUUCACGAGCGGGAAAUUCGCGCUGGACCCGGAGCUGCGCGGGGCCGAAUUCGAGCGCCUGACCCAAAAUCUGGACGUGCAUUUUUGGAAAAGCUUCUGGAACCUCACGGAAACCGAGCUGCUGGCGUCCGUGGCCUCGCUGACAGCCGUUCAGGUGGGGCUGUGCCGAGCCCUGGCCGUGCCCCCCGAGCCCCUGGAGAUGCCCCUGGCCCGGGACCCCUCCCGAAGCGUCACCGUCAGCCCCCCCCGAGCUCACCUGGGCCCCGCCCCCCUGCACCUGCGGCUGCUCAGCUACCACCUCCGGCAGGGCCAGGACUCCGCCGCCCUGAGCGCCCUGAGCCGCCCGGACGCCUCCCCUUGGCCUCCCUCACCUUUCCCCUGGCUCCGUCCUCAUCCUCUUCCUCCCUCCCCGGGGCUCCUCCUGCACUUCCACGGCGGCGGCUUCGUGGCUCAGACCUCGCGCUCCCACGAGCCGUACCUGCGGCGCUGGGCCCGCGAGCUGGGCGCGCCCGUGCUCUCCGUGGACUACGCGCUGGCGCCCGAGGCGCCGUUCCCCCGCGCGCUCGAGGAGUGCUUCUACGCCUACUGCUGGGCACUGACAAACCACAAAAUGUUAGGUUGGACAGGCGAGCGCGUGUGCCUGGCGGGUGACAGCGCCGGGGGGAACCUUUGUCUGGGGGUGUCGUUGCGGGCGGUGGCGCUGGGCGUGCGCCUGCCCCAGGCGGUGCUGGCGGCGUAUCCGGUCACUCUGGUCCGAGCGGCCGCGUCCCCGUCCCGGCUCCUCACCCUCCUCGACCCCCUGCUGCCCCUGGGGGUGCUCUGCCAGUGCCUGGGGGCUUAUGCAGGCACGUUGGGGGAGGGGUCUCCCGCCCCUCCCCCCUCGGACCCCCCGGUGGGGGAGGGGCUGAUCCUGAGGGGGCUGCGGGGGGGGGCGGCCUGGCUUGGGGGGCUCCUGAGGGGGAGACCCCCCCAAAAAACAGAAUCCCCUCCCCCCUCCCAUGGGGGAGGGGCCCAAAACCCCCCCGAGGACCCCCUUGAGGACCCCCUGGACGAUUCCCUCGAGGAUCCCCCCAAAUUUUUGGGGUACCCCGAAGGAUUCCGACCCCUCCGCACCGAGGGACCCCCCGCGAUUUUUGGGGAGAUCCCCCCAAAACCCCCCCGGGACCCCUUCAUGUCCCCCCUGCUGGCCCCGGAUUCGAUGCUGGAGGGGCUCCCCCCCAUCCACCUGGUGGCCUGCGCCCUGGACCCGAUGCUGGACGAUUCGGUGGCCCUGGCGCGGCGCCUGCGGCGUUUGGGGGUCCCGGUGACGCUUCGGGUGCUGCCGGGGGUCCCGCACGGCUUCCUCAGCCUCGCCCCCCUGAGCCCCGAGUGCCGCCGGGCCGGGGGGCUCUGCUCCCAAAUCCUGCGCCAGGAACUCGAGACCCCUCCCCAAAUUCCCCCCAGGAUCAGCUUCAGCCUGGGGGGGUCCCAAUUUGGGGCUGGGGGCUUCAGGAGGGAGAGUUUGGGGGUUGGGGGAUCCAAUUUGGGGGUCCCGGGGGGCUCCAGGAGGGAAAGUUUGGCCCUGGGGGCUUCAAAUUUUGGCCCCACCGAGCUCCCCCAGGCGCAGCGUGACCAGCGCCGAGCCCAGCGCGGCUCGCGGGGGACCCCCGGGGGCUCCGGGCAACUGAAAGAGGAGCGUGGCCACCGCCGCCACCCCGUCCUCCGUGGGCUCCAGGGUCACCGGCGCCGCCCCCAGAGCCACGCGCGCCGGCAGCCAAGGGGUUAA